UUCCUCCCAUCCACUCUCACUAUGACUACAGAUAUCGCCCCAUCUGUUUUAGAGCUGUGAUUGACGCACCGGGCAGCCAAUCAGGUGCCUGUAGAUACGACGGACGUCAUGUAGACAGCGGUAGCAGCAUCACACAGGUCAUCACUAGAGUAACCAAAUAAACUACCUCAUAUGUGCGGCGGCCAUUUUCCUGUAGUCGCGCAAGAUAUUAGAACGUCAUAUCCUGCUACAGAGGGGGCGGACUUAGGGAGUCCUCAGCCGUCAUUUUGGAGAGCCUCAUUACUACAAGAGAUAAAUACGCAGUGUGGAUCCACAGAGUCUUAGUUUAGUCAUCACGUGAUUGUGAAACGCGUCCUGUAUAAAUUGCUGAGUCACUGAAGAUGGACAAGGACCGGAGUCACAUGACCGACAGGAUACUAAAUCUAACUCUGGAGAUCAUCUACGUGCUGACUGGGGAGGAUUAUACAGUAGUGAAGAAGAUAUCCAGUGACCGUUUGACACCCAUCGGCUGUGACUCCAUCACUGUGCCUCCACCUCACUCACUGAUACAUGAGAGACAAAAUGACCAAAUGAUCCUGGAACUCACCAACAAGAUCAUUCAGCUGCCAACUGGAGAGGAGGGGGAGUAUAUAGAGGAACACAGGGGUCUGUACAAGGACGUGAUGAUGGAGAAUCACCGGCCCCUCACAUCACUGGAUGGGCCCAGUAACAGAGAUACCCCAGAGAGAUGUCCCCGUCCUCUGUAUUCCCAGGAUUGUACAGAGGAGAAUCACAGGAUCCCACAGGAGGAUCAGGGUGAAGAUCUGACUGAUAAAAAGGCAGAAGAUAUAAAGAGAGAAGAAGAGACGUAUGUGACAGUUAAUAUUGCAGAAGAUACAGAGGAAGAAGAGACGUAUGUGACUGAUAUAAAGGAAGAAUAUGUAGAGAGAGAAGAAGAGAUGUAUGCGAGAGGUGAUCAGUUGUGUAAGGAGGAGGAAAUUCCUACAGAUAUCCGCACAGCAGAUGGACAGAGAGGCAGGAAUACCUCGGAGAGACAUCUAACUAUGUUUCCAGAUUUGAAAUUAGAAGAGAACAUCUCAUGGUAUUCUGGAGGAGAAUACUCCAUUACCCCAAUUAUACAUCCAGUACCUCACAGUGCCGAUAUAUCAUCUGUUCCCGCUAACCAUGAGGAGUGUAACAUUAAUUCAGAUGUUGCUACACAUAGUACAGCUCCUACAGAUUCUACAGUCUUUCCCUCUUCUGAAUUUGUUAAAUCCUGUAAUAAUCAGUCAGUCUUUGUUACACAGGAGAAUCGCACAAGUAAGACACUAUUUUCAUGCUCUGAGUGUGGGAAAUGUUUUAAAUAUAAAGCAAAUUUUAUUGAACAUCAGAGAAUUCACACAGGCGAGAAGCCAUUUCCAUGCUCUGAAUGUGGGAAAUGUUUUACACAGAAGUCGAAUCUUGUUACACAUCUGAAAAAUCACAGAGAUAAGAGACCAUUUUCAUGCUCUGAGUGUGGGAAAUGUUUUACAUAUAAAUCACUUCUUGUCAUACAUAAGAGAAGUCACACAGGUGAGAAGCCAUUUUCAUGUUCUGUGUGUGGAAAAUGUUUUACAUAUAAAUCAUUUCUUGUCAUACAUGAAAGAAGUCACACUGGUGAGAAGCCAUUUCCAUGUUCUGAGUGUAGGAAAUGUUUUAAAAAGAAAUCAGAUCUUGUUAGACAUCAGAUAACUCACACAGGUGAGAGGCCAUUUCCAUGUUCUGAGUGUGGGAAAUGUUUUACACAGAAAUCAGAUCUUGCUGCACAUCAGAGACGUCACACAGGUGAGAGGCCAUUUCCAUGCUCUGAGUGUGGGAAAUGUUUUACACAGAAAUCCGAUCUUGUGAUACAUCAGAGAAGGCACACAGGUGAGAAGCCAUUUUUAUGCUCUGAGUGUGGGAGAUGUUUUACACAGAAAUCAUAUCUUGUUAAACAUCGGAGAACUCACACAGGUGAGAGACCAUUUCCAUGUGCUGAGUGUGGGAAAUGUUUUACGCGUAAAUCAGCUCUUGUUACACAUCGGAGAACUCACACAGGUGAGAGGCCAUUUCCAUGCUCUGAGUGUGGGAAAUGUUUUACACGUAAAUCAGCUCUUGUUAGACAUCAGAGAAAUCACUCAGGAGAGAGACCAUUUCCAUGCUCUGAGUGUGGGAAAUGUUUUACACAUAGAUCUGAUCUGGUUAGACAUUUGAAAAUUCACACAAAAUGAAAACAAUAUCAAUGAGCUCACCGAUAUGAAAGAGGAUUCCAGCAAUCUAUAUAUUAUGAAAAGCAUUGAUAUUAUAAUUUGCAAUUAAAGUACGGAGUGUAUUCUCAAAGGUAUAUUAUCCUCACCUAUUCAAUAUAGAGGACAAUUCAAAAUUCAAGUCGUUGCCAUACACAGACAUAGGGGAAAUUUUCGCCAUCGACGUAAGACUGGAACAGAAUGUACAUGUAUGGAUGUUAUUGCAAUCUACUUAUUCUGUUAGAUGUCGGUAUCUGUUAUAUCUCUUCACAACAUUUUGGCCAAAGCCAAGGAAUUAAUUUGUUUUGACUGUGGUCUUAUUUGCAGCAAGUAAAGAAGAUUUAAUAAGUUGGGACAGGGGUACAACCAGCUCCAAUCAAGGGACUCAAGCUCCUCCUCCUCAUAUGCAACCUGUCCUACCGACACCAGUUUUUGGUGCCUAAGUUUUUUUUUUGUGAUGAGUAAAGCUAGUGUUCUGAGUAGUACUCCAGCUUGUUAAGAAUUUGGGAGAUUUUUACGUUUUAUUCUUUCCUCUUUGGCUAAUAGGGGGUGAGUGGGUGAGUUCUUUCCCUCCAUUUUUCUAUGGAGCCUUUAGCUGAUCAAUUAUGUUCUUUUCAAGCCCUGAACUUUAGUAUACCGAAGUUGCGGCAUGCCAGUUUAGUCAGACAGCCAAACCGGCCGCAGACCAACACACAGAUAUUAGACAUCGUGAGAAGGUAGCCCAUCAGGAGAAGCCCUUGGUAAAAGCUCAUCUGUUAUGUUUCAUGGACAAGUGGUUAGAAUCCACUUCAGAGACUUGGUAAGAGGUAUAGUUACAUAGGUUUAUAUUAUAGAUCUUCUACCAGUUCACUUGAUCCAAGAAAGUGUCUGGCUUUACAAGAGGCAAUUUAGAAGUUUCAGCAGGAAUUGUCCCAGUGCCUGCCGGCAGAGAGGUGUGAUAUUUUAUUGAAACCUUUUCCUUGGUCAGAAGCCAGACGGGUCUUUUGGGCCACUGCAUUCAGAGUCUUUACCAAGGUGAUGGAGGCCUUGCUAAGGUUUAAUAAAAGUAGUUACUCCAGAGAUUCUGUUAGAUCAUGUCAGAUUAACAGAACGAAGAGUUGGUUUCCCAUGGUUGGGUAAUAUAUUGUUUAAAAUUAAAUAAUCAAGUCUAGUUCUGGAUUUUCCUGGGCAAACUGUUCAAAAUCAGACUCAUGAGGGGUUUUCCUUCUAGAAACAAGAUUCCCUUCCUACAAAAAAAUGGUAACAUAGCUCCUGAAAUAGAGACGUGUUGGUACUUUAUUGCAUAAAGGCAUUGGGCAAGAUGGUCUUCACUUAUCAGGCAAAUCAUUUUGCCCAAUUUCACUCUCAGAAGUUACAGAUAAAGAUUUUAUGCAGAAGAUACAGGUCCCAUCUUCAUCUGUAAUCUGUAUUUCAUUCUGUUCACUGUUGUAGCAACCUAACAGGUCAUUCUUUUGUAAUGUCAGAAUGACAUUACAUGUUUCAGGGCAGGUGGUUUCUCGAAGAGUCCUUACUCCAUAUCCAUGUUCUGAAACUUUAGGCUGGUCUUCAGUGCCCGAAAUUCCCUUUACAUAGACCAGUUCCUCAAGUCUACAUAAAGGGUCAGACAGUCUAAGUUAAUUUAGACAUUGCUAUUAUAAUAGCAUAUUUGAACCAUCAGGGGAUACCAAGAUUGCCCAGGCCACAGAGACAUCAAGGAUCAUCCUAUGAGUGGAGAGGAAUGUGCGGUCUCUCGCCGCUUUGUAUUUUCCCGAGGUGAGCAUUGGGCAUUGGACUAUCUCAGCAGACAGAACCUACAUUUGGGGGAAUGAUCACUCCAUCCGGAUGUUUUCCAACAGAUAGUGGACAAAUGGGUUCAACCAGAUAUUAAUAUGAUAGUGUCCACAUUGAACUUCAAAGUAAGACAUUACUGUACCAGGAUAAGAGAUCCGGAGUUGGUAUUAGUUGAGGUAGUGAUGGUCUUUUGGGAUUAUCCCCUCAUUUACCAUGCUGCAGAAGGUCAUGGAAAAGGUAAAGGGUACGUCAUUCUUGUUGCUUUAGACUGGCCAUAAAGGGUUUGGGAAUUUGGAUCUGCUGUGCAGGUGGCAGGCUCUUGCAUGGCCUGGUCCCUUAAUCCAGGGGAGAUUCCUACAAUCAGCAUUACCGCAUCUAGUUAUGACAGCUUGGUUACUCAGAUCCAAAAUGUAUUCAGAUAAGUUGAAAAAGACCACAAUGAAUGUUAGGUGGCCUGCAUCAGCCAAAAGGUAUCACAGAGUAUGGAAAUCUUAUGUGGCCUGGUGUGAAUGGAUGAAGGUCCCCACUUUGACCUUCACAUUGGCACAACUGUUCAUGUUUUACAGGAGGGUCUUGAUGCAGGGUAAAGGUGGGGUUAUCUGAAAGUUCAGUCAUGUCAGUGUUUUUUUUUUUUAAUCAGUAAAAAACUAGUAACAAUUCCAGAGUUCUAGACUUUUGCAAAGCUUUCCCCAUUUUCAAGGCCAGUACUCAACCUCUGUUCAAAGGCAUUUUCUCUGACGUCCUAGUGGAUGCUGGGACUCCGUAAGGACCAUGGGGGAUAUAGCGGCUCCGCAGG